UAACAGCAAGUGUUUAUGGAGUCGAAACCGGUACGCCAAAACACAAGUAGAGUGAGCCGAGCUCGUUUUACAGUGUUUACGGUAACGUUAACCGGAAGAGUAAAUAAACAUGCGCCGCCAUGGGCAGUGUGUGCGCGCUUCACGAACGCGUUUCUCUUCUGCUGUCCACAGGCGUCUUUUCAAUGCAUGCAUCCAAACAUGCAAGUAAAUCCCGUUUAAACUGACCUGCACUACAUCUGGCUGCAAUGCAUGCAUGAGGGCUGCAUAGCUGGCCAACCCUUGCUGAUCUGUGAGCACUCUUUCAUUUAAUUAGCAUUGACCUAAAGGUGCUAGUAAUUGUAAUGCAUUUCUAUAAAAAAUGCUCCGUGUUUAAGGUGGUGCUCAGUGCCCUUCUCAUUGUUGCACUGUUGCAGCUUUUAUAUCUGUCUUUUCUCUCAAAGUUGCACGGCAAACAGCAGCGCUAUAAGUAUUCUGAGCUCUUCGGCUCCAAAAAGACUGCAAACCAAGGAGAGAAGAACCCUAGGCGGGAACAUCUCAGGUAUUCUUUAUCCACAGGCGGGAUCUUCGAUGGGAGCGGACAGUACCGCGUGUAUAAGAACCUAAUCAAAAGCGACUUCUCGACCAAUCAGAAGCCAGGAGCGGAUCCCAGAUCGCAUCACCUGGCUCUGGCCACGCAUACGACCAUCAACAACCUUCACCAUCUGAGCUCUUUGUUGGAGCGCUGGCAGAAUCCUCUAUCCGUCGCGAUCUUCGCCAACGGUCAGGAUGUCAAGUUCGCGACAGCAUUCGUUUACGCCCUCAGUCUGUUUUGCCCGCAGGUUCAAGCGUUGGUGGACUUCCAUUUGGUUUGCCACUCGGGUGAAAUGGCCAGUUUCCCAGACCAAGAUCGAGAGCAUUUCGCCGGUCUUGAGGAGAUGGGCUGCUCCGGUGUCUUCGCCAAGCUCGAAUCGAACAGAAACAAGUUUAAAAACUACGCGAUUGGGAACAAUGUCUCGUACCCCAAUAACCUUCUUCGCAAUGUGGCCCGGAGUGGCACAGAUGCCGCUUACAUCCUGGUCAUCGACAUAGACAUGAUACCUAGUUCCAAUCUGCACCACCAAUUCGUGACAAUGCUAAUGAGACGUGAACCGGUCGCGGACGAAGUCCUCGUGCUCCCUGCAUUCGAGAUCAGACACACUCGUAAGAUGCCUGCGACGAAGGCGGAGCUGCUGCAGCUCUAUCAGGUGGGCGAGGUGCGGCCGUUCUACGAUGAGCUUUGCCCUCGCUGUCAGGCUCCUACCAAUUACUCGCAGUGGGUCAAUUUGGCCAGCAGGGGCUCCGGGCCCCUGGAAGUGGCAUACAUUAUAAACUGGGCCGAUCCGUGGGAGCCUUUCUACAUCGGCGCUCGAACGGUUCCUCUCUACGAUGAGAACUUCAGGCAGUACGGCUUCAACCGCAUCAGUCAGGCCUGUGAGCUUCACAUCGCUGGUUACCGCUUCUCUGUGCUGAGCAAUGCCUUCGUGGUGCACAGAGGGUUUAAGGUCCACGGAGAGUUUCACCGCAGGAAGGACGAGGAGAACCGCAAGAACCGCAUGCUCUUCCGCAGCUUCAAGGAGAGUCUGAAGGCCAAGUAUCCGAACUCGCCUCGCCGCUGCUGAGAGACGAGAGAGAGCACAGCUCAUCCUGACUUCAUGUGAGGAUCAUAGAUGCACACAACUCAAACAAGAACCUGUUUGGAUCUCAUUUCAAGCAUCAAAAACUACAGUCAAAGGAGAUGCUCUUGAAUGCUCAAUGUUUUCUCAAUAAGUGGAAGACAUGAUCCUUCACUCUUUUAAAGAGAGAAACUACGUAAAGAUGGUCCUUUGUUGUUUUCAUUACAUUUUAUUUCAAAGUUAACUUACUUAUUUAUUAGAUUUUUAUGCUGGUUUCAAAGUAUUUUUUCCCCACUUUCUUCCCCAAAUUUAAGGCAAGACACCCCAGAUGAAUAGUACAAAACAUGAAAUAAUAUAUAUCACCAUCAUUUUCUAGUUGAUUGAUUACAUUAAGAAUUGCAAAAAAAUAAAAAAAGUUUGUUUGUUGCAAGUUUCCAAAAGUGGUAUGUUUAAAUAUGUAAAUUUGAUUAAUUUGCAUACAUUUCCAGACCAUAAAUCUGAACAUCGGAUAAAGCCAGGUUCUCAUGUUGUGACGCGUGUUUGAGUCACUGACGAGACGAGGUCUUGUAAAGACCCAGAGAUUAGCUGUAAAGCUAUUAACAUAUUAAGGUCGAUAGGCCACCUUUAUGCUAAUAACAACUCUAAAGACGCUCACAGAGCCUGAAGAUAUCACACACACACACACACACACAGGGAGCGGCGUCUGAAAAUCAUAUUAGUGUUUUAAUUAUACUGUGGAUUAGGGGUAGAUGAUAAUUAAGCAACACUAGAUUAAUGCAGGAAUGUACAGUCUUCAGAUGAUUAGACUGAACAGGCAAUACUGUAAAUGUCAGAUAUUUACAAGAUAUGUAGUGUUUUACACUGAAUGGGGCUCAUAUGUAUUGUCCUUUGUUUUGGGAAAAUAUAAUCCGUUUUCUUUUACUUAAUAUUAUUUUUCAAAAAAAUUUUCUGAUGUUAAAAUCUUGCCUGACAUCGAAAAAGUACAUUAAAAGUACAUUUUUACAUUAGUUAUAUUAUUUUGCCAAUUAUCUUAUUUAUUUAUUUUGCCAUAAAAGCAACAUUUUGGUUAUUUAUCUGUUUACCCUGCAGUGUUGUGUAGUAAUGGAAGCAUGAAUAAAAAUAAAAAAAAGAUUGUGAAGUGUUUUAUAAAAUUAACUUAAAGUUUCAGUAUUUGUUGAAUGAUUAUUUAAGGUUUUUUUUAUUAAUAUUGACUUGUUUGUUUUGUAUCUAGUUACAAUAAAUCUACUACAUUUGU